UCAAUUCACUUCCUUUUCACCAGGGAAUUCAUUUACAGAUCAACAUUAGCAAUAGACAUAAUCUAUUUACCAGAGCUAUGCGAUCCCAAAUUAUGCUGUGUUUCAAAUUGUUGGCCUUAUGUUUAGCAAUUUCAUUAAAAUCCACAGAUAAGGUCUUCGCAGGAAACAAUGGAACUUUCACGACAAAGGGUAUCCAAACACUAGAUAAAGUAUCAACUACUAUUUCUCUGGGGAAGUCAUAUAUGUCUCCCUCAUCUUCAGAAAGAGCAGACAGUGUUACAUCUUUUCCAGAAACAACACCAACUACAACCAAAGAACACUCUUCUUCUGGGAUAAUUCCAGAGACAACACUAACUACAACCAAAGAACACUCUUCUUCUGGGAUAAUGUUUGGUGACAUAUCAUCUAUCGCAUCCUGGUCUGCACUUGGUGGAAGCGUGGUUGUCUUCUUCGUGGCUGUUGUACUGAUUGUCUUCUUCAGGUACUCCGGAGAAAAUCCCCCACCGGUGAAUAGAUACGAUAUUGCCAACACCAAAACGGAUGAGAAUGUCCCUUCAGAAGUGACCAUGGAUCAUCAAGGGAGAAAGGAUGACCAAGCUCUCACUGACGAUACAAACUUGCCUGCGGGAAACCUCUAUGCUAGAAUUGUUACAGCUCACCCAGUUGAAGGAAAUGCCUGCACUAUCGAAAAUGGCACAUCAGAUAAAGCUAACGAACCACCCGAAACACUAAGCGAUACUCAAGACACUCCGAUUACUGAAGAUAAUGAGACUGCCGGUAGAUAUAAGAAUAAAGAUGGACUUGUGUAUGUAGAUGUUGAAUUUGGAAACAAUGGUUCAACUCUGAUACCAUGUACGUCUACAAACUCAGAUAACGCCUCUUAAGAUAGUUGAGGUUAAUACUUUAGUAUAUGUAAUUGUAAAGAUUCGUGUCUUCAACUUUACUUAAGGUUGAUCGAUCCUCAUGUGAUGUCAUAGGUUUUUGCAAAAAUCUUUAUUGAAUUAAACUUUGCGCAUGAUAGAAAUAUAUCUUUCAGAGGAAUUUUAAUCACUGCAUAAAAUAAAACAAAAUGGUAAUCAAUUGAUACUGGAAAAGUUUAUAUUUUACAUAGAUAAUCAAUUCUUCAUAAUUCAAAAUAUGUUCUCAAGGGCAAUAACUCCUAUGCUGGUAUUCCUUCUACUGCAUGUCUAUUAUACAUGAUAUCCCUAGUAUCCACAAUUAAUUUAUACAUAUUUAUGAAUCAACAGUUUGUUUUUUUUGAUUUUUUUACUGUUGACAUUUAAAAUUUGUGACAUUUCAAGAAGUUUUUAUCUAUCUUAAUUUUUCUGUAUGACGAAAAUGUCUGAUUUUCUUAUUUUAACAUAUACUUCCGUUUUUUGUAUAUCUGACAUCUUUAAAAAUGAGACAACAUACAUAUUUUCUUUGUUUAUUGAUUAAAUCUAACUAUAUUGAAUGGAAAUGAAUACAGUUUUUGCACUUUUAACCAUUAAUAUUGAUACGUCACAUGAGGGUCGAUCAACCUUAAACACGUUUAUGCAGAUUUGCAGCUUGUGCACAAACAGAAAUGCAAUUGUAUAUACUUGAUAUCAUAUUGAAGUACAAAGUGAGGGCCUACAUAGGCUCUGCCUGUUGCCCAAUCCUGUUGAGUUUCUUAAUAAAAUAAGUUUAAAUUAAAGAAGUACAAAGUGCAAAGACUAAGUUAAGACGCGAUCGUCAAAAUUACUACAACUACAUGGUUUAUCCAAACUUUUAGCUUGUAAAAACUAUAUCAUGUAUUCGAGUUCUGUCAAUUGUCACUUACCGAGGACUUCCAUUUCAACAAGGACUCUAAAGAGAUUUUAUCAUCUCUCAAGUGGAUGUGAAUAUUACACGCUUUCAUGUCGGUUUCUCUUAAUGAUGCAUGUACAUUCAAAUGAAAACUAUUGGUAACUAUAUGCUAAACAUGAAACCAUUCUUAUUGCAUUUAACGAGUUGCUAUAUGUUUUAAGCUAUUAACAGAACUAGAUAAAGUACUUCACAUAGCCUUUCAAAUCAUUAUGUAACGCAUGCGGCUUUCCUCAUUUAGAAUGGCAGAUCCAAUACCCAUUUGAUUAUCUGUAAAGCGGAACAUAAUGCCUUUUCGUCUAAAAUCAUUAUGAUUUAGAAUCAAAAUGAAUAGACCAUUGUAUUACUUCAGUUCUUUUCCAAUUUUAGAAAUAUUAAACUCGGUGACUUCGCUAUGUGAAACACGUCUAAUAUGGGCAGUGAAUGUUAUUACGCCAAGUGCCCAGCAUUAGUAGUAAAAAUCACGAGUCAUUUAGAUAUGACCUUGAAAGACGGAAGUUCCGUGUCACGAAAGGACUUUGCACGAUACGUUUGGUCAAAAGAGGUAUAGCGCACUUGGUAUGCAAUUUCGCCUACAUAAAUACCUUUUUCUUGAAUAUCAUUUUUUACAAAUAUUCUGCUAUACAAUGUCAGUUUAUGCUUGUGUUUACCCAAAUUACUUAAUAAAGAUAUCGAUAUGUUGAUAGUAUACUUAUUUGACAAGCAUAAACAUCACCGUGAUUAUAUAGAGUAUAUAGUAGAUGUAACGUAAUGGGCAUAAAAAAAAUGCAAACUGUUGCAAAAGGCCACCUUAAACCAGAAAUAAAACACUGAAGUUGUUUUACCUGCUUAUGACUGUAUAUAAGUCCGUUUGAGGAAAUUUGGUUUAAGGUGCUCCUCUUGUUGAAAAUGGAAAAAAUAUGAAAAAAUCGUUCUCAAAAUUUACCUUGAGAUUUAGCAGCCUGUCAAAAGUUGUUUUUUUUUUUCUUUUGCUUUUCAUUUUUUGGGGUCGUUUUUUUUUUGGGGGGGGGGGGUAAAUGUGAUACAUAUAUUAUAGUAAAUAUUAGUAAUUUUCAUCAUAACUUCUAAUAUUUGCAAGUUACGACUUAAAGAAAGGGAAUUUAUUCCGAGAUCAUUGUAGUCCCGCUUGUUUACACUAACAUGUUCCUGUGUGCACAAGAAUUUCAAACCGUAAUGUGGCUGACGAGAAGCUAAACAAAUACUACAAGAAAAAGGACACAAAUGCACAGCAUGUAAUAAGUAAAAAUUAGUCAAGGGAGGAAAAGAACUGUUAUACAGUUUGACUUCUCAAAAAUAAAUAAAUAAAUAAAUAAAAACUCCUGUAGCAACUGUCAUGAUAUUUAGGCAAAGAUAAACACUCGAAUUAUCAACCAAAGGCACAUGAACUGAUGACAUCUAUUAAAGGCGCUGCAGUAAUGUCAGAACAGUGAGUUAAGUAAUGUCAUUGUUGUGUGAUAUGAAUGCACAGGUCUAUGAAAAUAUUGUACUGUUCAUCAUUCCAAAUAGGGAAAUGGUUUAUUAAGAAAAGAACGACUCAUAUAAAUGUCAGUAAUGCUAAACUGCGGCAGUUAUUUAUCUUGGUUAACAAAACAUCAAAAACGUUGGCCUUAUAUUUAAAUAUAACACGCCAGUCUAUUAUUGGAAACCGGUGUUUUCAAUUUAGAUUUCUGAGUCGGCCGUAUCGUCAGCAAAUGCGCUAUACCUCUUUGUGGCGCUUCUCCACAGUCGAGUAAACAAAGUAUUAAAUAAAAAGCUAAUACAACAGACAGAAUACGUGUAUUUCAAGUAAAUUGUCAAUGUAGAUGAAAUAAUGACAUGUUUUUUGGGGUUUUUUUUCCAUUUCGGGAUCUCAAAUUAUCUAGUUUAUCUUAAAUGUUUGUGGUAAAGCAAUAAAACUAUGUAUUAUGAAUCGAUAAUGGCUGUCACCGUUCGGUUCUAGACAGUUUAGAACUCAUGUCCUCUACAUAGAACUCCUUGUAGGAGUUAUGAGAUUGAUUACUGUUCUUUGUCGUCGCCUUCUUGGAUAAAUUCAUUGAAUAUAGAAUCUUUUUUUUUUGUAAAUAAUGACGAUAUUUCCUGUUACUGUAUACAAAUAACUGCAACACACAAAAUGGAGAAACAUUUGCAUUUCGUCAAUUUUUCUUCAUUGUUUCAAUUUUUGGUUUUGUGUUUUACAUGCUUCCAUGAAAGUAAGUCUAAGAUUGUUAAGAAAAAUAAGAUUUCGUUACUCCAUAUUUCUCAGAUAUAUUCCGGUUGAUGUCCACUAUUGCACCGCGGUAAAGUAGCUUGAAUGCAUUGCCUUCACCUUCGACUGUAAACUGUCCAUUUCCAAGUUCCGUUAUGAAAGAUUGCAAGGCUUUCCGGUUUUCAUCUGCAAAAUCAUUGUAGGCAUACAAAUAACAUAGUUCUAUUACUGAGCUAAAUAUUCCUUGGUCUCGUUCAUGGAGGUUUUUAAUUUCUAUUUCAUUUUCAAUUUUUGUGAGAGCAUGUUUGUCCAACUUUUGGAAUAGGUAUUCAUUUGUUACUUUGGAAAUUUCUCUCAUAAGUAUCUGGUACUCGUUCUUUUCUGAUGCAAAUGGGGGACAAAAUUUAGAUAUGAUGUUAUGUGGCACAAAGUAACUGGAUAGACACUUCUUGUUUAGACAUUCUUUCAGUAUGAACCAAACUUCAACGAAGCGAUGAGAAAGGUUAUCUGGUGACCAACAAGAAUCUUCAUGAUACCAAGUAAUCAAGUAAUACAUGAUUGUUUUCAGCCAAUAGGAUGGCAACGCAGGAUCCAAUCUAAAUAAAGAUUCGUUAUAACACUUUGGUAGAAAUCUCAAAUUAAAAUAUUUAAGAUAACGCAGCACUUUUUUUCUGCCAUCAUUAUGAGUAAAUCUUGCCCAUAUCUCUUUUUCCAGAAGUGCUCUAGUCCAUCUUGCUUUUCCAUCAGAUUUCAACAAUAUAUAUAUAUUUUGUAAACUUUGCUCAGUUUUUGAUGAUCCUUUGUCAUGGAUACCCGGUCGGCUUUUAUCAAAAAUGUCUUGGUUGAAAUCUAUGUUUGUUUUAAAUUCAGAAGGUUUUACACAAAUACAGACAUCUAUAUCAACUAUCAAAUGUUGAAAUUUCUCUCCUUUCCAAAGCAUUUUCUGUGUCUGUGCUAAAGUCGUGAAAGGGGGCACAGUAUCCAGCCAUGUCCAGCCUGGUAAGACGUUGUCUUCCAUUGUGUUUGCCAGUUCUAUUUGAAUUACAUUCCACACACGUCUCAUAAAUGAUUUGUCAUCACCCCCUUGUAUUUCUUCUUCUGAAAGAUCUUCAAAAUCUCGAAACAGAUCCCGUCUCGUUACACGAACAUCUCUGUUCUCGUGGUCUUGAUAAAAUGUUCCCUCUCUAAAGAACUCCAGAGCAUCAUUCAAACUUGGGAGAUCUAUCAUAAAAUCAAAUUCAUCCGGAGGGCCUAACUUAGUACCCUCUUUGACGCUGCCCAUUUCCAUUACGGAGAAUGUUCUGAAAAUUAAGUGCUUUUUAGACAAUUCGCCGCAAGCUGUUUCCAAAAUUGUUCUCACAUCCUGUCGAAUUUUCUCAUUUUCGAAAGAAAAUUCGGUACAGAACGCAUCAUCUGCUUUUUCAAAUACAUAGUGUACAAAAUCAAGAUCAACAUUUUGUCUUUCAACAUCCAAAAUAUCUCCAAGAAUAUUAUUUCUGUGACACUCAGAUCUUUCAUGGGGAUCAUACGUUUUAUCCAAUUCACUCAAGAAGGCAUCAGGGUUGAUAUGUGGAUAUACUUGAGAACUAUUCCAAGGAGAAAACGGCCAUUUUGGUCUUGAGAGUGUUGGGUCUGUCAUAAGAUUCGUUAUAGUGAAAGUUGGAUUCAGUUUUCUGGCGAACUGUCGAAUAUCUUCUCUUUUCUUCUCAACAAAUUCAUUAGAAUGCACGGCUAAUAUAGGAUCGAGUAUGUCAGAUCUAAUGGCAAAUGGUUGGACAGGUAAUAUCUUUGGUAUUAAAAAAUCACUGUUAAGAUUCGCCUCAGUGGUUUUGUAACUGUUGUGAUACUCUGGUAGACGACUUAAUGACCUAUCACUACUGCCUUUAUUUCUCGAAUGUUCAUCAAGUAAAGAUAUGUAAUCUUCUGAAACCUUUGCUUCAGAAACUUCUGUUUUUCUUUCGCAAACAGUAAUUUGUGCGCCAACAUUGUCUUCCGACUCCCUCGCAUACAGUAGCGUUUCUUUGGCGUUUUCAGUCUACAAACAUUAGUGUUUAUUCAAUCAUAAAGAUGGAAUAAAUCAAGUUUCAGUAAUCUGUAAUGUUAUGAUUAUGUAUAUUGAGGGUUUAUAAAUGACAAAUUAUUAAUUAUCAAUCUAUUUCCAUAUAUUUGUUCUCUUAAUUUUUGGUCUUGUUUGACAUCUGUAAUUGAAGUUUAAUUAUUUCAUUUGAUGUUUAGAAAGGGCAUUUUUGCACAUGUUAGCAAUUUCUAAUCCUUGACAUCUCUUUCCUGUCUCAAGAUAUCAAUGUCAUUUACUCAUACUUGUUAUCAACUUUAUGGUUAGAUCUUAGGAUUGUGUUCCUUGAAUUUGUUAUGCUUAGCUCUACCUAAUUUCAGUAUUGUAAAUUAAUGUCAUACGGCUUUUCCCUGUUCUUGCAACUUUAUUAUCCUUAAGUUAAUUGGCUGGUCAGUACGAAUGUGGGCGGAGUUGUCAAAGAUUAGAUGUGUGUGAGUUUGUAUGUGAGUCAAUCUUCGAAAUUUCUUUGUUAAAUUCAGUUUGUUUCUAAAAUGUAUUUGUGAAUUAAUAUUUUUGGACUUAUAAUAAAUUCUGAACUUUUUUUAAAACCGUUUUAUCAUUUGCAACAAUAUUACAUGGUGGAGAAUCUAAAUUAUUUUUCUUUGGAUUAUUAAUUACUUCAACAUGGAUAAUAACAGUGAAUAUUUUGGUUUUUGUUCACCCGAUCAGACUGUUCUUGAAAUGCCCAGUGAACCAAAAUCGUUUAAUUCACCUUCAGCAAUAUCCGCCAAAAUAGAACUUACGAAAUUCCACGGAUACACUAGUGAAAAUGCACGAAAAUUUCUAGAGGAAUUUGAAUCUUUCUGUACUUUACAAAAUUUAAUGGAGAACAGUAGGAUUAUAGCUGCUUUUCAUCUUCAUCUAAAAGGACCGGCACUUAUAUGGUUUAGUGCCUUGGAUAUUUCAGAUAAACUCUCUUGGUCGGUUUUGAAAGAAGUUUUUCAGGCCCAGUACAUCAGCAAGAAUAUUUUUGAUCCAGCAAUUAUUGCGGAGUCUGCCAUUUUUGACGCCUUGACCCUCCAGCCUGGAGCACCGAUAGAAGGGUUCCACAGUCAAGUCUUAGAAAAAGGAUCGAGGCUCGACAAGCCAGAAAGGGAUCUGAUAUCUAAAUUUAUCAACGGACUUCCGCAACAACUUGCAUUCUUCGUCCGAGCGGCCAAUCCAAAAAGUCUUCAAGCCGCAUUCCAGCA